CCUUGGGACCUUUCAUUGUAAAUUGUUAGGCUAUGGCUAGAUGCUAGUCAAUAAUAAGAACCUUGCAACUAUUCUCACCCUAAACUUCGCCGCCGAGAAGUUCAAACUGAGCAUCUCGAUAGGGGAAACUCGGUGUUGCUUGGUUUAUUUAUAACUUAAGUUGUAGGUAAGGCAGGUUGGGUUUGUUGGUGAAGGUCAACCCAGCCAUAUGACAACCAAAAGGUGGCACCCCUUAUAUGUUGUUCCGCUAGGCUGCUAAGUCACCAUCACGUACUCGUUAGGAUUCCCAGUAUCUUCGUACUCCUACACGCCCUCACAGCUCCAGUAAAUUUUAAUUAACGUUUAAAAACUCUUUAGCCUCAAGAGUCUUAGAGUUCGGUAUGGUUUCCCGGUUCCAUGGGUUUAGUGAAGCCGUCCGCCGUAUUCUUGUCUGUAUACAUAUAUCCAACCUCUGGAUUUUGUCUUUCAACCUCCUGCCUAAUGCAGUGAUAAUCCUUUCGGAUGAGACGCUUUUGCUUGUUCAUUGCGGUAUCUUCGCAUUAUGUCUUUGCGAUGCUAUUGUUGGAUAGUAAGGUAAUCAGGCUAUCCGGCAUAAGGUUCAGUCCGGUCAGGAAAUUCCGUAUCCAAGUACUACCCGCGGCUGCCGUGGUAUGAAGUAUACGAUCCCUGACUAAUACGCACAGGAGUUUAUAUGGUAGUUUUACUCCGUUUCGAUCGGAGGACCUCCGAGUUAUGAUAUCUUAUGAUUGUGAGAAGACAGCUCAACUCCUGUUGGUCAAGUUGGCUUAAUGAGAAAUAGUAGAAAAUGGAAAAGGGUGAAGAUCGUAAACCGUAUGUGUUUAUAUAUAGCUACGUAACGUCCACUAUACCCAAAAGCAAGGACAUAUUGAGAUGAUGAGUAGUAAUGCUCUUUUAUAUCAACGCAAUUGAAUAUAUAAGUGAAUUUAUAGUUCUUAUUCAUACUGUUCCAUGCUGUGUUGGUGAAGUUUCCA